AAUCUCUCUCUGCACGCACUUCCGUAAAGACAAAAAGAACCCCCCCCCCAAAGUCCGUUCUUCUUCACCAUCAUCAAUUCUACAACCACAAAAGCUACACGAUACUCAGACACCUCUCUCACUGUCUUCUUCUUCUUCUCUCAUAUUCUUUUAUUUUUUCAUAUUUUAUUCGUUGUCUCUAUCGUCGAUCUGAGACGAAUUCUGUCCGUAACCCUCGCUGCCCGAGAUCUGAGAGUAAAAUCUCCGAUUCCUUGCUUCAAUUUUUUUUUAUCUAUAGAUGACAAUGAGAACUCCUGGGACACCUGUUUCGAAGAUAGACAGAACACAAGCUGUAACACCAGGUGGAAGCUCAAGAUCCAGAGAGGAGAAGAUUGUUGUUACUGUAAGGUUAAGGCCACUGAACAAGAAAGAACUGUUAGCUAGAGACCAAGUUGCUUGGGAAUGUGUGGAUGACCACACCAUUGUGUCUAAACCACAAUUUCAAGAACGUCUGCAUCACCAGUCCUCAUUUACAUUCGAUAAAGUUUUUGGACCAGAGAGUUUAACAGAAAACGUGUAUGAAGAUGGUGUUAAGAAUGUUGCAUUGUCUGCUUUGAUGGGCAUAAAUGCAACAAUAUUUGCCUAUGGACAAACGAGCAGUGGAAAGACAUACACCAUGAGAGGAGUAACUGAGAAAGCUGUCAAUGAUAUUUACAAUCACAUAAUUAAGACCCCUGAAAGAGAUUUUACUAUCAAGAUUUCUGGACUGGAAAUAUAUAAUGAAAAUGUUAGAGAUCUCCUGAAUUCAGAUUCCGGCCGUGCCCUUAAACUCCUUGAUGACCCUGAGAAAGGUACUGUGGUUGAAAAACUGGUAGAAGAAACAGCUAAUAAUGAUCAACAUUUGCGGCAUUUGAUUAGUAUUUGUGAAGCUCAAAGACAAGUUGGGGAAACUGCUUUGAAUGAUACCAGCUCGCGGUCACACCAGAUAAUCAGACUGACGAUACAAAGUACUCACCGUGAAAAUUCAGAUUGUGUGAGGUCAUACAUGGCUAGUCUGAACUUUGUGGACUUAGCAGGAAGCGAAAGAGCAUCACAAUCGCAGGCAGAUGGAGCGAGACUCAGGGAAGGUUGCCAUAUCAAUCUUAGUCUAAUGACACUUACAACAGUCAUAAGGAAAUUAAGUGUGGGGAAAAGGAGCGGACAUAUACCUUACAGAGACUCCAAACUUACUAGGAUUUUACAGCAUUCACUAGGUGGGAAUGCCCGAACAGCCAUUAUAUGUACACUGAGUCCAGCUUCGGCUCAUACUGAACAAUCAAGAAAUACUCUAUCUUUCGCUAACCGAGCCAAAGAAGUUACAAACAAUGCCCACGUGAACAUGGUUGUCUCUGAUAAGCAACUAGUGAAACAUCUUCAGAAAGAAGUGGCUAGAUUGGAGGCCGAGCGUAGAACCCCUGAUCCAUCAAGAGAAAAGGAUUUUAAGAUCCAGCAGAUGGAAAUGGAAAUCGAAGAGCUUAGGAGACAAAGAGAUGAUGCACAAAUUCAACUUGAGGAGUUGCGCCAAAAGCUUCAAGGGGAUCAGCAACAAAAUAAGGGCUUAAAUCCUUUUGAAUCUCCAGACCCACCGGCUAGAAAAUGUCUUUCCUAUUCUGUUGCCGUGACGCCUAGCGCAGAGAACAAAACCAUAAACCGGAAUGAGAGAGCAAGAAAGACUACGAUACGCCAAUCUAUGAUACGGCAAUCAUCAACUGCUCCUUUUACAUUGAUGCAUGAAAUCCGCAAACUUGAACACCUUCAAGAACAGCUAGGGGAGGAAGCAACAAAAGCUCUUGAAGUGUUGCAGAAGGAAGUAGCUUGCCAUAGACUAGGGAAUCAAGAUGCAGCUCAGACGAUAGCUAAGCUUCAAGCAGAGAUAAGGGAGAUGCGUACUGUUAAACCAUCCGCAAUGCUUAAAGAUGUUGCGGGUGUUGGAGAUGGCAUAGCUACUAACAAGAGCGUAAGUGCCAAUCUCAAGGAAGAGAUAACAAGGCUCCAUUCACAAGGAAGCACCAUUGCAAAUCUAGAGGAGCAACUUGAGAGUGUUCAGAAGUCAAUAGAUAAGUUGGUGAUGUCUCUUCCGAGCAAUAUCAAUGCUGGAGAUGAAACCCCAAAGUCAAAGAAUCAUCAUCAAUCAAAGAAGAAGAAGCUUCUUCCUUUGACACCAAGCAGUGUAUCCAACCGCCAGAACUUCUUGAAAUCUCCAUGCUCUCCUCUUUCCGCUUCUAGGCAAGUCUUGGAUUGUGAUGCUGAGAACAAAGCUCCUCAAGAGAACAACAAUUCUGGAACUAGAGGGGCAACGACACCACAAGGGUCUGAGAAAGAGACUCCUCAGAAAGGAGAAGAAAGCGGAGAUGUGUCGUCAAGAGAUGUGUCGUCAAGAGAAAGCACUCCAGGCUACAGGAGAUCAAGCUCUGUGAACAUGAAGAAAAUGCAGCAAAUGUUCCAAAACGCAGCAGAGGAGAACGUGAGAAGCAUAAGAGCAUACGUAACUGAACUCAAAGAACGUGUAGCUAAACUACAGUACCAGAAACAACUUCUCGUUUGUCAGGUGCUUGAGUUGGAAGCAAAUGAUGGAGCAGGAUAUAGUGUAGAGAACGAGGAGAACACGAUGAUGGAAGAUGAAGAGCAGAAUCAAGUAGCGUGGCAUAUAACUUUCAUAGAGGAAAGACAACAGAUCAUAGAGCUGUGGCAUGUCUGCCACGUCUCGAUAAUCCACAGGACACAAUUCUAUCUACUGUUCAAAGGUGAUCAAGCCGAUCAAAUCUACAUGGAAGUCGAGCUAAGACGGUUAACUUGGUUAGAACAGCAUCUAGCAGAAGUAGGUAACGCAACUCCAGCUCGAAACUGCGACGAAUCCAUAGUUUCUCUAUCUUCAAGUAUAAAAGCAUUGAGAAGAGAGAGAGAGUUUUUGGCGAAAAGGGUGAAUUCGAGACUGACGCCUGAGGAGAGAGAGGAGUUGUAUACGAAAUGGGAUGUGCCAUUGGAAGGGAAACAGAGGAAACUCCAGUUCGUGAACAAGCUAUGGACAGAUCCUUACGACUCAAGGCACGUGCAAGAGAGUGCAGAGAUAGUUGCGAAGCUAGUUGGAUUCUGUGAAAGUGGUAACAUAUCAAAAGAGAUGUUUGAGCUCAAUUUCGCCGUGCCUUCUGAUAAAAGACAGUGGAACAUUGGUUGGGACAACAUCUCUAAUCUUCUUCAUCUGUGAAGAAACAUUUUUUCUUUUUCUUUAGUGUGUUCUUAUUAAUUUGUAAACCAUUGAACCAAAAAAAACAAAACGCUGCGUUUUUGAGUUGAAAACAAGUUAUGCGCCACGUGAGAUAUUUUAGAAGACUCUCUCUCUCCUCGUUCUUUUCGCUGGACAACCGUCUCAUAAACAUAUCUCAGCUACUAUAACCAAAACAACAUUUUUUAUAUAUAUUGUUCUCUGGAAUUAUUCCUUAAUUGCUUCAUCACUGUCUUGUCGAUCCUGCUUCUCUCUUUUACUCGAAGCUCUGUUUUUUAUUUUAUUUUCCCGUUCUGAAAAACCCCAAAUUUUGAUUUCCUUUUUUUUUUUUUUGGUAAAGGCGAUACAAAAUCGUCUUUUGAAUUUGCUUCGUUUAUGACCUGUUCAAGUAGAGGAACGAUCGUAAUUGCUACUCUAAACCCAUUUCUAAGGUUACCCAUCAAACAAUCUUCCGGAUUUCAUGUAAACCGGACUCGAAUUCGAAAUGAUCUCUCCAUCAGUGUCGUAGCUAUUCCACCAUCAUCAUCAGUGUCGGUGGACACGAUGAUGCCAAUGAUGAGAUUAAGAAGAUCAUCACAGAAGAAGAGCAAGAGGAACAUCGGUUGCGGUGUUUCCCCUUCUUCUUCGACGACGACGACGAAGACGGUGGUUGAUGAAGAAGUGGCUGUGAGACGGGAUUUGGCUAUGAGGCGGGUUUUGGAGGAUAACGGUGGCGAUGGAAGCUCCGUCAGAGAUUUCUCGCUAUUCACGUCCAAGAGAGGUGACACGUUGUUCACUCAGUCAUGGACACCUGUUGACUCUUCUAAGAUCAGGGGACUUGUUGUUCUGCUACAUGGUCUGAACGAACACAGUGGCAGGUAUAGUAAUUUCGCAAAGCAGC